ACAGCAGGUACCCGCAGCCGGCGGCAGCACAGGCAUCCCCCAGCAGUCAGGAUGUCUCUGAAGGCGGCCGCCCUCGUCCUGGUGCUCCUCGUGGUCUCGGGGGCACGGGCUGACGUCAAGCCGGACGAGGUGGCCAGCGUGCUCUGGAAGUACUUCACCGAGCUGGGCAGCAAUGCCAAGGAGACGGUGGACCAGCUGCAGCAAGCCGAGAUCACCAAGCAGCUGAACAUCCUGCUGGAGAGCAACUUGCAGAGCGUCAACUCGUACGCCGAGGACCUGCGGCGGCGGCUGGUGCCCUUCGCCACGGAGCUGCAGGCGCGGCUGGCGCAGGACUCGCAGCGGCUGAAGGAGCAGAUCCGGCGGGAGCUGGCGGAGCUGCAGGCCAAGCUGGCGCCUUACGCUGACGAGGUGCACCAGCAGAUCGGCACCAACAUCCGCCAGCUGCAAGCCAAGAUGAGCCCCUACGCCGAGGAGCUGCGCUCCCAGGUGGACCGCGGGGCUGGGGAGCUGCGGCGGGCGCUGGAGCCCUACGCCACUGAGCUGCGGGACCGGCUGCAGGACAACGCCGAGAACAUCCAGGCCUCCCUCAGCCCCUAUGCUGACCGGCUGCAGCAGCAGAUCGACGGCGGGGUGGAGAGCCUGAAGGAGCGGCUGGCUCCCCUGGCCGAUGAGCUGAAGGCGCAAGUGGGGCAGAGCGUGGAGGAGCUGCGGCAGGGGCUCAGCCCUUACACCCAGGAGGUUCAGGACAGCCUCAACCGGCAGCUGGAGAGCCUGACAGCGCAGAUGGAGCGGGCGGUGGAGGAGCUGCGUGCCCGCCUGGCUGCCAGCUUGGAGGAGCUGCGCACCCAGCUCAGCCCGCUGGCCCAGGAGCUGCGGCAGGCGGCGGGCGGUGAUGUCGAGAGCCUGCAGCAGCGGCUGGCCCCCCUGGCCCAGCAGCUGGACGAGCGUGUGGGGCAGACGCUGGAGGCUUUCCAGCAGCAGGCAGCCCCCUUCGGCGAGACCUUCGGGCAGCAGCUAGUGGAGCGGCUGGAGGCGAUGCGGGGGAAGCUGGACUCAGGCGCCGCUGGCGUGGAGGACCACCUGGAGCUGCUGGAGAAGGAGGUGAGGGAGAAGGUGGCCACCUUCCUCAGCACCGCCCAGCCAGCUGAGAACUGAGAACCCCCCACCGGUGCCACAGGGAGGGGGCGCGGGGUGGCCAUCCGGCUGUCCCCCCACACCGCAAGUGUUCACGGCCGCUGCCCGCAGCAGAAAUAAACUGCCGCCUUGCCAUGCA